AUGGAGUCAAAAACUAGUGCUUUAGUAGAUUUUGCGUCAGGUGUUUGUGCAGGAGUCGCCAACGUCAUUGUCUGUGCUCCUUUAGAUACUGCCCGUACUCGACUUCAAACCCAGAACAUUUAUGAAAAGAAAUACAAUGGAAUUAUAUCGGCCUUAAGUAAAACUUACAGAGAAGAAGGCCUGAAAAGUUUAUAUCAAGGAUUAAAUGCAUCGAUUAUUGCCUAUCCUUCUUCGUGAAGUAUUUAUUUCAUGCUUUAUAACAGAAUCCGAAGCUAUUUUGGCGAUCUUUUUCAUAACGAUACCCUAGGAAAUGUUGCAGGAGCAUCUAUAGCUGGAUUAACAGGAAGCAUCAUUACUAAUCCUUUAUGAUUGAUAAGAGCUCGCAUGCAAGUGCAGAGUGGCCAUAGCAAAUAUACAAGUGUUGCAGAUUCUCUUAGACUUAUUAUAAAGGAAGAAGGCUUCUUUGCAUUGUUUAAUGGGUGUAAAGCAUCAAUGCUUGGGACCAUCCAUGUGGUGGUUCAGUUUCCUCUAUAUGAACUCACAAAGAAGCUAAUUAAAAGAGAGUAUGAACCCCCUCAUAUCUUAGAAAUGAUUUUAUGCACAAUUUUCCCGAAGUUUGUGGCAAGUUUAUGCUCUUAUCCUCAUGAAGUUUUGAGAGCAAGGCUUUUCAUGAGCCAAAAAGAUACUGAUCAAAUGUUCACAGGCUUAUGAAGUCUUAUGAAAUACACAUGACAGAAUGAAGGAAUCAAAGGAUUUUAUUCAGGAUUUUCAGUCAACUUGCUGAGAGUCAUGCCAUCCACUUUUGUUACUCUAUACACUUAUGAGCAUGUUUCUUAUUUUUUGAGUACACAUAAAAUUGCAGAUUACAUAGGUUUAAAAAGACUUUAA